AUGGAUCACGACCACAUCGCCCAAGCUCUCAGGGCGAAGAAGAGACCUCAAUCCCGCGCUUCAACUGCCUCUGUCCACAGCAUCUCUACGCAGCCAACUAUGGAACAACAAUCCUUUGCCGACGCGCCCGAGUUGUAUUCGGCACAAUGGGUUAACAACGACCAAAGACAACAGAGAAGCCUCGCACCCGCGUCGCGGAUAACCCCGGAAGAAAUGAUGCUACACGCCGCGGCAACCCAGAUGCAAAACGCCCGCGAGUACUCCAUGCCUCCUGGAAUGAAUGCUUCCAUGAGCCAUUCAAUGUCGUUCCAGCAACACGCCAUGCCACGGCAUCCUCUGCCCUCCGAAAGCUUCGCCAAUAACAGCUUCACCGACGAUAGCCAGCUAAUGGACCGUGACGAGGAUGAUUCUUUGGCUGGGGCCAUGGGCUUGCAAAAGUCGAGCUCUGCCAGGUCCAGUGCUAACAAUGAACUGGAGAUGCGUCACCUAUUCAACGCAAACAAGCACCGCGGCCUGCAAGAUGUUGCCAAGGAACUCCACGGCAAUGAGCGAGGCCCCAACUCCGAACGUACCCGGCAAGUAUUUGCUAUGCUCUGGAUCAACUCAGUAUGCACCAAGGGCAAAGGAUCUGUGCCCCGAGGCAGAGUCUAUGCCAACUACGCGUCUCGAUGUGCCACUGAGAGAAUUACCGUGUUGAACCCCGCUAGUUUUGGCAAACUCGUUCGUGUGCUUUUCCCUGGCCUGAAGACUAGGCGUCUUGGAGUGAGAGGUGAAUCCAAGUAUCAUUACGUCAAUUUCACCCUGGUCGAUGACCAACCCGAUCUUCGCGAACCGGAACCUCAUAUUCCAGUAGCUAUCUCAGAGCCAAGUCGUUCACAGAGCUUCAGCACAGCGCCCACCAAAGCACAGCCAGCGAAAGCUGUGCUGCCCUCACCUGAUGCUGCCAAACGUCCGGAAAGCCCUGCCCAAGCAUCGAAUAGCCACUCACGGUCACACAGCUUUUACAGUCAUCCGAAUGUGACUAGCGCGGACCAUCUGAACUCUUCCACUUCGAAAACAUCUCUCCAAUUUUCAUUCCCUUCAGAGGCAGAUGAGGCUCUGCUUCAAUCGAAUGAUCCUCUUGUGCUACCCCGAAUGGAGCCUUUCCUGCCCAGUGGAACUGACCCCGAUGCUGCAAAGAGUCUGUCUGCUCUUUACAGGUCACAUUGCACUUCACUAGUGGAAUGUGUUCGCUACUGCAAAGAAAAGACCUUCUUUCAUCUUUAUACAUCCUUCCAAGGCACAUUGACCAUGCCUGUCCAAAAGUUACUUGGCCACCCAAGUCUCGCCCCUUGGAUUGAGGAGUGCGACUUCAUCCUCUACCAGCGCAUGUUGAGGAUCAUCUCCGGCCUAACACUUCAAGUAGUGCCAAAGCCUGUUUUGGACACCUUACGCAACAUUUCGGAGCGUCUUGUGCCUCAUGUUCGGGACGCUUUCCAGGGACAGCCGCAUCAUGUUAUUCGAGCGAAGGAGGCCCCAGCUACUAUUUUCGCGGCUUUGCUUGACCGAGCUCUGAGAGUCAACCUCACCGCGCACGCAGCAGCUAACAUGUUGUCAAACCCGGCCAACCGAGACCAAAUGUACCUCGAUUGGAUCACCAUGGUCCGCGUUCGUAAGGUCGCUGAAUGUGUACCCACCCGUGGUAUGGACGAUCUGGUCAACCUCCUCGUCUCCGAGCUUCGCGAUCUUCUCAACCCGAUGAAUGUGCCUUGGGAGGUGGAGUGUUUGACAGUGUAUGGCGAUAUUGCUUUGAGAAACGGCCGUCAACCUGGAGCCGAGGGUACCGCAGACGCUAAUGGACAAAAUGUGCUGGAGCGUUGGGUCGGCUUUCUUAAGUCGUUGCCAACAAGGUUUCCCUACGCAACGCAUACGGAUAUUGUCUACUGUGUGCAAAGGGUCGGCACGGCAGUCAUGCGUGAUCUGACCAUGGCCCAGGGCAAGAGCUUCGGAUCUUGGUGGGUGACGAAGUGCUGGAUUGAUGAAAUGACUUGCUUCCUUGCAGAACAGGGAGGUUUCCUCAACAUGAGGACUUCGGGCGCUUCGGCGGCUGUCGCCAACUCCCAGGUAGCAGGUCAGGAGACAAGCCGACAAGGAUCACGAUACAGCACCGGCAGCGAGGAGUUCAACUUUUCCAAUCUUCCUCAAGCACAGCCAGACAAGGCACCAUUCCCGCCAGCAAACAGUCAAGGGCAGGUUGACUCGGCGGGCAUGGCAGGGGGUAGUAACCCUGACGAUAGCGGCAUCGGCAUCCGGACGCCGGAGGAAGACUUCCCAAUGGACAAAUACACCUUCUCGCACUCGGAGGUCAACCAAGCGCUUCUUGCCAACGCUGAGUUACAACAAUGA